AUGAAUAGUUGUCGCUUGUGCAUGAAGCCUAGAGGGGUUAAACCCAUGAAUGCGGCGAUAGUGCGUAAAAUUGAAGUUUGUUUUGGAAUACAUAUCAAUCUCGCAGAUAGCACCUUGCCGAGAAACAUAUGCCGGCGGUGUACAAAAAGAGUAAACAAGUUCAAACAGUACCGGGACUUUUAUUUAGCUGUACAAGCUAAACUUUUCAUCAGACGUCCAAGCCGUUUUCUUCGCAUAGACAUGCAACCAUUGGUACAAGUUAUUCUAUCCCAGCAUGAAACGCCACGAUACAUUUAUCCACGUACCCAACCCAGACGUGAAAUCGCAAGACGACGUAGAAGUAGCACUGAUUCGUCGAGUUCCGAUAGCGAAAACGUCAGUUUAGAUCGCAGAGCUCAGCCAACUGAUCCUCGUAUUGUUGCUGUUCGUCUAGCAGAUCCCCAUAUUGUUACUGUUCGUCGUGUAACGCAUUCUCCCCGUGGACCACCUUACAAUCGACCAUCUGCGGAACCAACUGUUCCCCGCCAACGUGCAUCGCUUUCUCCAGUAGCAGAUCGUCGCCCAUCUUCUGAAGUUGCUGGUCCAUCAGUGUUAUGGCAUACCGUAACAUCAUCUGUGGAUGUUAAAAGCGAGCUGUCAAAUGAAACCCCAGGUGGAGAAGAGCUUGAAGCGGUCGAACAAACGGAGGUGUCGUUGUCGGAAGAGAACGGACCUAUGUUUGCCGCGAUGGAAAACAUGGAAUUGGAAGUACUUGAAACCGACGUACAAUCACAAGGUGAACCGGAAAGCUUGGAAGAUUUAACGAAUCUGCAAGAACAACAGAAUGUCGAUGUACAGGAAACUGCCGAUUUGAUACCUGCCGACGAUACACAUCAAAACGAGUUCGAAGAUGCAGAAGUAUUGGAUUCGGUUGAUAACGAUGUCUAUUAUCAGGAACGUGAUACGAACGCUAUAGAAAACGUCGAAACGACUGAGAACGGGGAAAUCGUUGACAAUGUUGUUGACCAAAAUCCUACACGACCUGCUCAGGAUACACGACGACGACGACGGAAUAAAAUCUCCGGCAGAGAACUCUACAAAUCGCUUCUGACCGAGUGCAACGUCUGCGGUAAGAAGGUCGAACGCAACCGCUUGGAGGGACAUAUUAAUCGUCAUUCGGGGCGUCGCCCGUACGGUUGUCCGAUUGAAGGAUGUCCCUCGCGAUUCCAUUGCAAACAUGCAUGCCGUUUACACGUUCGCUGUCGUCAUGGAUCGGAAACGUUCGCUUGCGGAACGUGUGGCAAACAGUACAAGGCACGUCGCGACCUUCUGGGACACAUCAGAGAAACUCACGUAGAGCCUAGAUUUAAUUGUGACAUAUGCGGAAAAUUAUUCACCACAAGGUCUCGGUUGAAGCAGCAUCGCUUCUAUCACACUGGGGAGCGAAACUUCCCGUGUCAUGUGUGCGAAAUGCGCUUUUAUAGCAACUUUCAGCUGAAGGUUCACAUGAGAACGCACACAAAGUCGUUCCCGUUCGUGUGUUCUGUUUGUAAUAAGUGUUUCCGCUACCGUCAUAUGGCAAAGGAACAUGUCGUCAAGGACCAUGGUAUCGAUAACACCCUGCAAAAAGAGUGGGUAAUACAGUAUCCGGAACCGGAUCCGGAGGAAGUGGAGGUGGUGAACACCGAGCGGAACAUCGUGCGUUAUAACAUCCAACGUCUCGAGGAAUCAGAAGAGAAAGACGAAUUGGAGGAAGGCGGAGAAGGUGUGACAAUGGCUGAACAUCAAACAGAACAACAGGAGCAUCUCGAGAUGGAAUAG